AUGAAGCUCUCAACGGCAUCCUCUAUAGUCUUAAGAGAAUGCAAUGGGGACACAAGCGUUUCGAGCUGCGAGAAGCCUACAAGCGCAGUCCUCACUGUUGGCGUGCCGGCAGCCAUAUCAGGCGUGAUCGUGGUGGCCGCUAUCAUUGUUUUCGUUUAUCUCCAUUUCCGGGCCCGUGCAAACGAGAGGCGUGAAGGUCUCAGGGAUAUACGACGGGCGUCUAGGUUUCACCAUCGAAGUUCCCGGGCGUCGGGUGACCACUCCACGACGCAUCACACAUCAGAUCAUCAAGCAGCUGGAGAUAGUGAUACCUACAGUAUAUCUAGCACCUCUGAGCUACGAUACGGGCGAGUAGCUCCGACCUCAAUGUUAAAAGCUGAGGGGUACCAAGAGAUCUACGAGCUGCCGUCUUAUGAAAUUCCCAAGCCACAUCUAAGCAAUCUGAGCGCAAGGAACGUUGUCUAA